AGUUUGACCAAAGCAUGGAGGCUGAGCUAGAGUUUCCAGAACAACCUGAGGAGAAGGAAGACUUGGCAGAUAAGAAUAUUGGUCAGGAUCCAGCCCUGACCAAGGAAGGUGACUGGGGAGUGGUCAAAGACCAGCAUGGUGAGCCCAGCAGGGAGGUUUCAGACCAGUGCCCCCGGGUUCUGUGGGAGACCCUGAACAGAGAAUUCCAGGAGUACAAGGAGACGGCUGACUUCCUGAGUGCAGAAGACCAGCAAAGGCGUCUGUUGGCUUUCCUGCCCCUCUUUCUGAAGGCCUGGGACCAGUCGGCAGGCAAGAUCUCUUUCCCAAACAUCCACCUUUUAGCUCAGGAGGCUUCUAAGCUGCUGGUGAAAGAAAUCAAUACGAACGUGAAUGGGAAGCCUGCAGAGGAAGCCCGACUGAGUGUGUGGCAGUUCCUGCAGGGGAAAGCAGAAGAGGCACCCGAUGGUCACAUGCUCCUGAGAGCCGUCUAUGCGCUCUUGCUGGCUCCCUUGGUACAAGCAACCCAACAUAAUAUCAUCAAAUCAGGGCUCCCAGUUGCCCUGCUACAGUGCCUCUAUCUCUUCUUUGCCUUUCCCCUUGGUGAAGAUGGCAAUGGUGGUGGAACAUGUCAAGGCGAACAGGACAUACAGAAAAUGCUUGUGCAGAUGAUGCUCAGUGUUUACACAGAGGAGCAAGGAGUUGAAGAGCUUCUCAUAACCACUGAUUUGCAGUCUCUGAUCAUAGCAACAGCCUCUCUCUGGGACCAAGGCAGCCCUUCCUGGAAGGACUCCACCAGCCGUGUCCUGCAAACAAUUUCAAAGGCCCCAUCCCAAAACGUCAUCUCAUACCUGCAAGCAACAGAUUGUGUUAAAAUGUCCAUUCAGAACUUGUCAAAGUCGGUGGACUCCUUGCCGUCCUGGGAUGUAUGUGAAGUCCUCAACAUCCUCCUGCGUUUUGUGAAGAACUCCUACUCAGUCUCCCCAGCUUUGCUUUGGGAGUUUGAGAACAAUGGCGGGUACCAGUUGCUGCUGAAAGUUCUUCUCAGGUACAAUGGGCCACUGGAUGGCGAAGGAGACACGAGUCUCCAAGAAACGCUGGACAUCUUGGCACAUCUCACCGUUUGUGGGCAAACAGAGCUGAAGGUUUCAGGCAAUGUGGCCCACCCGCAGCUUCCACAAUUCAGCAUGGAACAGCCCCCUCCCACUGGAAACAGAGUGAGAAACCUGAAGGCUUUCCAGGUGCUUGAAUCCCUCUUUCAGAAGACUGACAACCCAUCAGUUGGCCAGCAUAUCUUGCUGGCCAUAAAAUCCAUCUGGACCUGGGAUCCCAUGAACUUCUUUCUCCUUGAGUGGUCGCUGCAGCCGAUCGCCCAGUUCGUUGGCCUGAUGCCCCUCAAGCCGCCCCUGAUCAAGACUCAGUUCUUCCAGCUGGCUGAGUCAGUGGUCCUGGAUCUCUCCUACAUUCCUCACGAUAUCCUGAAGGAGAUGCAGACGUUGAUCAAGGAGAAUGUGGACCCACUCAGCACCUCGAUGGCCCUGCACUGCCUCUGCAACAUCAGCCAAAGGGACAUGCUCUUCACAGACAUUUUCCGGGACUCCGGACUCCUGGGGAUGCUGCUGGCUCAGCUGCGCAAAGAAGCAAAAAUACUGAGGAAGAAAGGUGGAGCCCAAACAUCUGGAGGUCAAGACUAUACUACGGAAAGAGAGCUCAUCAGUAGGAGGCUGAAGAUGGUGACCGUCCUCCUGGUGGGGUCUGUUAGGAACACUGUGGUUCUCCGGGAUUAUGGGAUGGUUCCCUACAUCAAGAUCUUUCUGGAUGAUGAGCUGUACCGAACUGACACGCUGAGGAUCCUGGAACAGCUGUCGGUGGUGAACCCUGAGGAGUACAUGAGCACUGUGGUUGGGGCGCUUUGCUCUGCCACCCAAGGAGAACUGGACCUCAAACUUGAUCUGCUGAAGUCUCUCCUGCGGACGCUGCAGCAACCCAGGGGCCGCUCAGCCUUCCGAACCAGCAGUGGCUUUAAUGGGCUGCUGUCCCUCCUCUCCGAGAUGGAGGGCUCCCUGAGUGACCCGCCCUCAGCCACGUGGAGCUCUGUCAGCCACAGCCAGGUGAUGGCUCUCCUGUCCCAUACCCUCCACGCGAUGGCAGCUGCCCUUCACUCCGACCCCACCAACAGAGACUUCUUCCACAAGAGCGGCCUCUUUGAGAAGCUGGCUGAGGACCUGGCCUUGCUGGGCUGCUUUGCCAGGCAGAGGGGGAGGCCGGCCGUCAUGGAGCUCCACAAGACCAGAUCAUUUGCCGAAUUUGUGAACGCAACCGUUGGCUCAGCGGAGCUUCUCCCUGCCUGGCUGAAACGCUGCAUCUGGAUAUUCAGGUUCCUUGCCCAGAUGGCCACGGGGAGUCUCUCCCGCCUCCGGAGCUGCUCGAUGGAGCUGGAGCCAGGGGCAGAGGGGCCGCCCCCAGCGGGCCUUCAGGAGAUCGCCAAGAACCAACAGGAAGAGAACAGAGACAGCAGCCAGCAAGUGGGCAAGAAGGGACUGGCUGAUGGUCAGUGGCUGGAUCCCAACGAAAGGUUCACCUGUGGGGAAGAGCUGAUUGUGCACCCAGGAGCUCUUAGUGUCAUGAUGCAGCUGCUUCCCAAGGUCUACAGUGAAACUUACACAGAGUUAUCCUGGGAACUCCAGCAUGCGGUGGUCUGUCACCUCCAGUCCCUGAUGAGGGUGGAGAAGAACCGCCAAGAGGCCUGUGGUGCGGGCCUGCUGGACACCCUGGUCUCCUGCUGCCGAGAAGAGCUCCGCGAUGCCCGCAGCCCCCUGCACUCGCCUCUCCUCAGGCUUUUUGAGAAGCUGGCUUCCCAGUCCAUUGAGCCGGACGUCUUAAGACAGUUUCUCUGCCUCAGGAUCCCAUUGCUUCCUCUGCAGUCCGGGACCUGCGCAGCCCCAUCCCUGGCCCCUCUGGGAUGCAAGGAUGGCUCAUUCCAAGCAACGUGUGAAGAAGGUUCACUGACUGAUCCUGCACAUUGUUGCCCAGCUCCCCCAGUUUUGGUCGCACCACGGACAUCUGAGAGCUCAGCGGUGGCUCUCGAGGCAGCCACGAGUCUGAUUGCCAUGACUGCUCCACGCAGCUUCCAGCCACAGAACACCUGCCUGGCACCUUCCUUUGUGGAGUUUGACAUGUCCUCGGAAGGAUAUGGCUGUUUAUUUCUCCCAACUUUGGCUACGGUUCUGGGUCCCAACACUGAAAACUCCAUCUCUGGAGGAAUCGGAAAAGGCCCCCGGUUGUUCCCCCCGCUGGAUGGCCUGACCUUCUCUUCCUGGUUUCUGCUCAGCAAGAGGGGCUCUGCUCAUGAUGCCCCCCACCCCCUGCGCUUUCUUACCCUGGUGCGUCACAUGGCCCGGACGGAAGAAGAAUUCAUCUGCUUUGCAGUGAGCUUCUCUCCUGAGAACAGUUGCCUGACCGUCUCCACAGAGGAAGUGCUCCUGCAGCCCCUUGACAUCAUGGAACCCAAGUGCGAAAGCUUGGGUCAGUCCUCUGUCUUCUCUCAAGUGCAAUUCAGUUGCUCUGAGCUGCUAGUUACUGGGCAGUGGCAUCACCUUGCAGUGACCGCAGCAACAGAAACGAAGAGGAUUUGCAUUGUUUCCGCCUACAUCGAUGGGCAACUGCUUGGCUCUGUUAAGAUGCAAUAUAUCCAGCCGUUCCCAGGCAGUUUUGUUUCCAUGGAUGCGUCCUCCUUUAUUGAUGUCUACGGCUAUGUGGCGACCCCACGCGUUUGGAAACAGAGGUCUCCCUUGACGUGGCGCCAGGGCCCGAUGUACUUGUUCGAAGAAGCCAUGUCAGGAGAGACUCUGCAGAGUAUUUUCAAACUGGGCCCGAGAUACUGUAGCAACUUCCAGGCGGUAGAACUUAGAGGAGAAAUCUCCAAUAUCAGUGCACUGACCAGAGCCUUAGUGGCCCAGGAAAAGAUUUCCUUUGGAAUCAAUGUGAUGAGCUCCGGCUACACCACAGUCAGAGACAUAAGGGACUGCUAUGGAGAGGUGGAUGGACGCCUGAUAGCCAAAGAGCUAGAGCUUUCCUCUCGUGAUGGUACAACUUCAGUUUACCUGGCUCGAAAUACUGCUGGAAGACUUGCUGGCCCCUUAAGAACGGUUGGCGCUGUCGCUGUGAGGCAGCAUGGGAUCCGGGUCUUCCAGACGUGGCCUGCAGCUGUCAGCCUGAACUACAUUGGAGGACCUGCUCUUCUGCUCGGCCUCCUGAUGCUGGCUGAAGACGACAACUCCAUGUAUGCCACUGUCAAAGCCCUCCACUCUGUCCUUAGCUGCAGCAGGAGUGAAAAUCUUAUGAGACAGAUGGGUGGGUACCAGAUCUUAGCAUACCUUCUGAAAAGCAAGACACAUCUGUUAAACAGCAGAAUUCUGCACCUGAUCCUCUCCAUCGGGGCCACUGCUGAGACCAGCCUGGGAUCCUUGACCAUCAAGAACCUAGAGGCCUUCCAGUCUGUCCUCUGCAACUUUGAGCUGUGGUGUCAUGGCCCUGAAAAUCUGGACCUUUCUCUUUUCACACACCUCACAGAAAUCCUGCAGCCCUCAAGGGAUGGGAACUGGAAUGUGAAAGUUGCUCAUCAGAUGCAGAUGGUACCCAAACUAUUGCUUCUCUUAAAUGACACCAGGAUCCCACGCUUCCGAGUCAGCAAGAUCUGUGCGGUCCUCUCCCAUUUGCUCCAGGGCCAUUUCAGCAUCCAAGAUAUCCUUCGGAUUGGCUUGUUCUUGGUUUAUACUUUAAGCCCCUUCUCCAUAGAUGAAAAUAAAACUUGCCUGGAUGAUGUCCCAGAACUGCUGGGAGAUGCAUUGAGCCAAACCUCUGGGAACAGGAUCUGGCUCCGAAACCAGUUGCUGAGAACACUGCUGGAGGUGAUGUGCUCCGACCACAUCUACCCAUCCUCUGAGUGUUCUCCGCGCAGGAUGCAGGAGGACGUGUUCCAGGCUCUGGGCCCUGACUGGUUCCUGAUGUUUGUCCAGAGCCACGUGCACGUGAGCACGGUCACCCUGGCGGUCAGGCUGCUCUUUCACUUCCUGCACAACCGCACCCUCCUAUGCAAGUUCAAGGAGGGGAUGAUGGCCGGCCUGUGGCUGGAGGAGAGUUCCAGGGGGCUGAGCAUCUUGAUGGACAGUUUAAAGAGCUGUACCCAGAUCCCUGAAUGCAGCCCGUACCUCUUGUAUGGAUUUGUGGAGCUGAAGACAUUUCUGCGCCACAGCACCCACAUCCCUGAGAUUUAUUUUCUGCUGUCGGGGCUCCUUCUGGCCACUCCAGUGUCUGAACUGCCUGAUGGACCCCAGGCCGGCCUGGACUCUGCGUUGCAGGGGGUGUUGGGGAGCCAGGCUGCCGGUUCUAUUGCCAAAGUAGGCUUGUGCCCAGAAGCAGCAGUCCUGCUGCUGGAGAUGAUGAAGGCCCUGGCGAAUGGGGUUCCAAAAGAUGCAGAGGAUCACUGGGAGCUCAACUACCUCAGGAGUAUCAUGCAGUUCUUUUGCAUGGUCCAUCACAGAUACUCCCAGGAUCCCCUCUGGUGCAACUCAGACUUCCUCCAAGCCUUGGCAUUGGUUGUGUUCCCCUCUGCGGGCAGCCCUGAGAGUGGCUCUCCAACCAGCAGCCUUCCUAUGCCUUCUACCCUGGAACCUGCUAGGAAGCCAGUGUGGGACUUCACCUGCCACCUCCUGAUGGAAAUGCUGCUUAUUGUUCCGGCCCACCGACAGUGGCACCCCAUGGAGAUGCUUCUUGAGGCUUCUGCAGAGAACUCCACCUCUGAGCAGAAGAAGUGCUUCCAGACAGAGAUCCUGGUUUCCAUCAUGGACAUAUUCCCUGUUAUUGCCCAAGAGGACAAAAAGAGGACCUCCAGCCUUGGAAGGGAUGGUGCUGCCAGAAGGGCUUCAGAGCCAGCCAUGCCAACGCUUCUUGUGAACCUUUCCUAUUUUACACAGAAGCUGGUAGAGAAGCUGUUUGCAGGGAUGUUUGUGGGAAACCCGAGCAAGAUCAUCCUCUUCCUUGCAGAGCAAGUGACUGAGGCUGCCCAGAAGGCUUCGCCACACAAAGAAGCCAUCCUCAGCAUUCUGUGUAGCAGCUUAAACCGAGCCGUCCUCUACUGCCUGUCCAGCUGCACUUCCGAUCAGCUGACCCUUCUCAGUGUCCUCCAGACUCUGCAGCAGCAGCGGGACGCCAUCUUUGCCACACACCACUGCAGUCGGGAUUUUGCCACCUGCCUUUUGCAUUGCCUCUCACAACUGAGGCCCUCCAGUUCUUUAGAGCAACAUCAAGAAAAGCUGAGGGUGCCUUCCGCUCACCGGAUUUCCCAGGUCCCCAGCAAAAAGGAGCAGAGGACAGAUGAUCUGCCUGUUCCAAAGAAUGUACAAGAAGAGAUCUGGAAGGCCACUGAAGACAUCUGGAACCAGCUUCUCUCUCAGUGGAGGAUGGACCAGGAAGAUACACCCAAAAUGGCUCUCUCUGUAGAGAGUGCUGGAGAAGGAAACUGGAAAGUGAAGAUGGGAGACCUUGUAGCACAGUGGGAAGAGACCAUGGCAAAGGCGUGGCUGCAAUUCUUAGCAUCAGAAAAGAAAAUCCUUCAGAAUAAAGUUCCAGCCCAGACUUCCAGCAAAACGCGUCUGUGGAGUGGAAGUUUACCUUCAGCAAUGAAGCUAGCAGCCCACAAGCACACCAAGCAGAUGGGAUGCUGCGCACAGGACUUUGCGUUGCAUUUGGAGAAAUACAGGCGAAGUGGCCAAGAACUCUAUGCCAUUUUGAACAAGGACCAUGCACAGAGGUUACUCUGCCUCCACUAUAAAUCAGCCAAAGCCUGGGCAGAACUCAAGAAGCAGCUUUUUGUGAGGGAGGACCCCAGGAGGGCCACGUUGGCCCUCCCUGCCUCAAGGUGGAUUCUGGAUAGGCACGAAGGCCCUGCCCGUAUGAGGAAGAGGAUGCGGUUCAGUGUCACCCAUCACACAGCUGUGGCAACAAAGAGCAAGGCUCAGCCGCCAGAGGAGAGCACAUCUGCUCCAACUCCUGAGGAAAGGCAAGACGAGCAUGUGCAAAGUGAAGGAGAAAGAGGGAUGGAUCGUGGCCAGCUGACAUACUUUCCUGCCUUGCAUGAAAGUUAUUCAGAUUUUCCGGAGGUGUGCGGGGAAAGAAGAAUCAUCUUGCAAGAGUUUGCAGAGAAUGAAAAGGUUACAGGCAGAGAAUCAGUGGUGGUUGUUCAGGAGCACGUGGCACUGGAAGGAGUGCUUCUCUUUGGUCAAAAGCAUUUUUACAUCUGCGAACACUUCACUUUGUCUCACAUGCAGGAGGUUUACUGCACAAAGCACUGCUCAUCCAGCAUCAGUGAUUCAUUCAUUUAUACCUUGUGCCACAAUGACCAGGCCACGGGGCAGUCGACCUGUUCCUCCUACUCAUAUGAUGACAUUAAAGAGAUCCACCUGAUGCGCUUCCUUCUUCAGGAGGUGGCCUUGGAAAUCUUCUUCAGAAGUGGCUACUCUGUCUUCCUGGUAUUCCACAACAGUGACCGGAAAAAAACCCUGAAAAGAUUUCGGUCAAAGAAGCCAAGUUUGAAAUCCAAAGGAAUCACAGAAGAAUCAAUUAAUAUAAGAAGCAGCUCAGGAGGAGAGAAGACCAUGCUCCUAAAAUGGCAGAGGAGGGAGAUCAGCAACUUCGAGUACCUCAUGUACCUGAACACCCUGGCCGGCCGCACCUACAGCGAUCUCAUGCAGUACCCAGUCUUCCCCUGGAUCCUGGCUGACUACCAUUCCCAGACUUUGGAUCUGACUGAUCCCAGGGUCUUCCGGGACCUGUCAAAGCCCGUGGGGGCUCAGACAGCCAAGAGAAAAGAGAAAUUCAUCCAGCGUUAUAAAGAUGUAGAGAAGACUGAAGGCAGCCUCUCCGCCCAGUGCCAUUACUGCACCCACUACUCUUCUGCCAUCAUCGUGGCCUCCUACCUGGUCCGCAUAGAGCCCUUCACCCAGAUCUACUGCUCCUUGCAGGGAGGAGCUUUUGAUGUCGCAGAGCGGAUGUUCCACAGUCUGCGCAGCACCUGGGACUCUGCUUCCAGGCAGAACAUGACUGACGUGAGGGAACUCACCCCCGAAUUCUUUUAUCUGCCAGAAUUCUUGACAAAUUGCAACCAGUUUGAGUUUGGGAGCUUGCAAGAUGGGACCCGGCUGGGGGACGUUCAGCUGCCACCCUGGGCAGAAGGAAGUCCUCAUAGAUUCAUUAGCCUGAACAGACAGGCACUGGAGAGUGAUUAUGUCAGCACACACCUCCAUCACUGGAUAGAUCUCAUCUUUGGUCACAAGCAGAAUGGCCCAGCAGCUGUGAAGGCUGUCAACAUCUUCCAUCCGUAUUUCUAUGGCGACCAGGUGCACCUGGACAGCAUCAGUGACCCCCUCACCAAAAACACCAUCUUGGGAUUCAUCAGCAACUUUGGACAAAUCCCCAAGCAGCUCUUUUCCAAGCCACACGCGGCUCGCAAUGCCCUGGGGAAGCAUCCGGUGGGCAGAGACAGCCUCCUCUUCUCUGUCCCUGCUGGGCAGUUGCCUCCAUCCCUCAGCAGCCUCCAUAGCUUGAAGUUCUCAUCUGUUCCAGUCCGAGACGCACCACAGGGACCCGUGGGUCAAAUCGUGUGCACCGACAAGGGGAUUUUGGCUGUGGAGAAGAACAAAAUCUUGCUCCCCCCACUGUGGAACAAAGCAUUUUGUUGGGGAUUUGAUGACUUCACCUGCUGCCUGGCAGACUUUGGAUCAGACAAGGGCAGAACCACCUUUGAAGCCCCAGCAGAGUGGGGCCCCUGCCUCUGCGCCCUCUGCCCCCUGCCAACGAUGCUCAUCACCUCGGGCAGCAGCUCUGUGGUUUGUGCCUGGGAACUCUCCGUGGCCAGCGAUGGAGCCCCCGACUUACGCCUCAAGAAGCCUUUGUACGGACACCGCGGGGCUGUGACCUGCCUGGCCGCCUCGGCCUCCUACGGCAUUGUGGUGAGCGGCUCUGCCGACAGAUCUGGCAUCAUCUGGGACCUUCAGCGGCUGACACGCCUCGCCUGGCUUCCUGCCCACCCGGCCUGCCUCUCGGCUGUUGCUGUCAGCGACUCCACAGGGGACAUCAUCUGCUGUGCUGGAACAGCUCUCCAUCUGUGGGAUCUCAGCGGGAGGCCCCUAGCCAGACUCGACUCUGCCUGCAGCCCUGGCUCCACGCUCUCCUCCUGCUGCUUCCUGGAGGUGACGGACUGGGACACGCACGGCCUGAUCGCCACAGGGGACACAGGGGGCCACCUGCAGGUCUGGAAGCUUGAAACGGCCUCAUCUCAGCGCCUGGACAUUAGUACAGACUCCCAAGAAAGCCUGCCAAAGAAGGGUAAGGGCAGCAUCUUUGUCAUGCCUCUGUGA